AUGUCAUCAACUAAUGAUACAUAUCAUCAUCUAUUCGUUCAAACACAACCAAAAAGUAUAUUAAAAAAAUCACCAUCACCAAGAUUUCUUGACUCAUCAAAUGAUUUCGAGAAGAAUUAUUAUUCUAAUAUUAACCUAUCAUCGACUUAUGAAACUGACAAAAAUGACAUUGAUCAGAGUGUAAUCAAUAAUAAUAAUAAUCAUAAUAAAUGUAUGCUUAACGAUAAUCAAUAUGUUACGGAUAAUAUAAAGUCAUCUUCUAUUGAAACACCAUUAACGACAUCGACAAUGAAAUUAAAUGAAAAUUUAUCUCAAUAUAAAAUUGAUAAUCAAUUGAUAGGAAGUAUUCCACCUGCUGAUGCAAUAUCAUCAUCACCACAUACAUCUGAUGAUGAACAACAGCAACAACGUAUUAAAAUCAAGUCAAAGAAAAAUUAUUACAGACCGUUUGUUAUCAAUGGUACGGUGUCUUCAUCAGCAUCAUCUUCAAGUGAUAAUGAUAAUGAUGAAAGAAAAGCAAAGCGAUCUAUGAGGGAAUCUAAAACAACGUUAAUACAUUCUAACAAAUAUCGACAAAAAGAUAUGCAACUCGACGAAUUCAUGCGAAAGUAUCAACAACAUGGAGGGAUUUAUAUGCCAAUAAUUAAAGAAAGUUUUAGUAAAGAGCAAAUAACAUCAAAAGAUCUGAUAAAUGAUUAUGAAAAUAAUAAUCAUCAUUUUCCUUUAACAAAACAACAAAAUUCAUAUGUUGAUAAGAGAUUGAUUAAUGAUGAUACAUUAAGUUUAUUAGAAUCAAUUGAUAGAAUAACUCUAUCAACAGAAUCUUUUUCACCUUUACAAUUAUUAUAUGAUGUUGCUCGUAGAAAUCAAUAUGAUCGUCGAACAAAAAUCGAUCAUGUUCGUCAAUAUGUUGAAGAACAAAUUGGUAUAACAGCUUUUUUAACAAUAUAUAAAUUACUUAAAUCAUCACAAAUACCAAUUGAUAUACAACAAAAACCAUUUUGUUAUUAUGCAAAUUUUAUUCCUCAUUUAUGUUGUUUAAUUAUGCUUGAAAGUGAACAACAAAAAAAUCGUGUAUAA